CCUUCUCCAGUUGAGCUCGGCUCUCCGUCCGCGCCGGUUCUCAAAAAGCUUGCGAGCCACGGACGAAGCCUUUUGUCUUGGACCGCGUGUGCGUUUCUCGAGGCAAGUGUCAAAAAAGGUAUCGAGUUUUUAUCGGAUCGAGAGGAAGCAGGGUUUUAAGGGAGUUUUUAAAAAAUAUAAUAGAUUUUGAGGAAGAUUGAGUUUUGGAAGGGAAAAAUAGGAGGCGAAAAUAAUCGCGCAAAGUCUAUAAUUGUCAGAAGAGGAAAGUGGAAAGGGAAAAACGUUUGGAUGGGAGGAAGAAAAAAUGUGUUACGUCAUUGUGACAGGACGGAGCCUCUUGUGGGCCUUGUUAUCCCUCGUCUCGUUCAUGGCUGUUUUGGCAGCUGUCAUCACGCCGAAAUGGAUCGUUGGCCCACCGAUUAUUAACACGACUAGAAAUGGAUCGAAAUUAUUGGACAUUCCAACGGUCGGAAUUUUCAAUCGUUGCACUCGUCUGUCCGGCACUUACGGACGAAUGAAUUGUGGCAACUUCAACGUUCACGGAUUCGCGACCGACUCGAGUGUUUUUCCAGGAUGCUGGAAAGCUUCCUUGUUCUUUUUGGCACUCGGCCUGACCGUUAUGGCGAUAAGCGUUUUUGCCGCGUUCCUUGGCUGUUGCGUGCAAAGUAUUUUUCGUAAAAGUAUUUUCAAUUUGACCGGAGUCGUUCAGGCAUUCGCUGGUCUUCUUUACGUCCUUGGAAUCAUUUUGUAUCUCGCUGGCUGGGGAGCGGAAAGGGUACAAAAAAUUUGCGGUCCAGAUGCGGAUGCAUUCUAUCUUGGAGACUGCAGUUUUGGCUGGGCAUUCUACAGUGCAAUAAUAGGAAUAGCGUUAACAUUCGUGUGCGCGAUAUUGAGUGCCCAGGCAGAGAAAUCGACAGCGAGUGACAAGGUCCAGGACAAAAUGAACGAGGGAAAAACGCUGAUUUGUUUGGCGUGACUGAUGAUCCUUAUUCGAUAAUAUUUCGUGUUUUUUUAUCAUUGUUUAUCAUUAUAUUUUUUAAAUACAUUUUUAUGAUAGAUCGACGUUGUAAAACAGGAUUUUUUUUACACAAACUAUUACAAUUAUUCAGUCGUGAUUAAAAUUUUUCGCGUACUCGUUGUUUACGAUUUUAGUCACAAUCAACAGAACGAAAAGCGAAUAUCGCUAGCGGAUGGAAAACAAAGGGGGAGAAAUGUUCACAUUGACGAAAAAAAUGGAAAAAUAUGUGGACGAAGAUAAUAAAAGGCAAAAUGUAUAAAUUA